AUGUUGCCGUCAGGGUGUUUGAGGUUGAGAUUGAAGGUGCCGCGGGGGAUGUCACCAUCAGGGUGUUUGACAUUGAAAUUGAAGGUGCCGCGGGGGAUGUCACCGUCAGGGUGUUUGAGGUUGAGAUUGAAAGCGCCGCGGAGGAUGUCGCCGUCGGGGUGUUUGAGGUUGAGAUUGAAGGUGCUGCGGGGGAUGUCUCCGUCGGGGUGUUUGACAUUGAAAUUGAAGGUGCCGCGGGGGAUGUCUCUGUCAGGGUGUUUGUCAUUAAAAUUGAAAGCACUGCGAAGGAUGUUGCCGUCAGGGUGUUUGAGGUUGAGAUUGAAGGUGCCGCGGGGGAUGUCACCAUCAGGGUGUUUGACAUUGAAAUUGAAGGUGCCGCGGGGGAUGUCACCGUCAGGGUGUUUGAGGUUGAGAUUGAAAGCGCCGCGGGGGAUGUCGCCGUCGGGGUGUUUGACAUUGAAAUUGAAGGUGCUGCGGGGGAUGUCUCCGUCGGGGUGUUUGACAUUGAAAUUGAAGGUGCUGCGGGGGAUGUCUCCGUCGGGGUGUUUGUCAUUGAGAUUGAAAGCACCGCGGAGGAUGUCGCCGUCGGGGUGUUUGAGGUUGAGAUUGAAGGUGCUGCGGGGGAUGUCUCCGUCGGGGUGUUUGAGGUUGAGAUUGAAGGCGCCGCAGGGGAUGUCUCCGUCGGGGUGUUUGACAUUGAAAUUGAAGGUGCUGCGGGGGAUGUCUCCGUCAGGGUGUUUGUCAUUAAAAUUGAAAGCACCACGGAGGAUGUUGCCGUCGGGGUGUUUGAGGUUGAGAUUGAAGGCAUUGUCGGCAAUGGCCCCAUCAGGGUGUUUGACAUUGAAAUUGAAAACAUGA